AUGUUGCUUGAUGAUGUGAUUGUAGGCCAAUACAAGGGCCACAGCAAGGGCAGUAAAUCAUAUCCAGGAUACACAGACGACCCAACUGUGCCAAAGGACGGUCUUACUCCAACUUUUGCAGCAGCGGCACUCUUUAUUAAUAACGCCCGAUGGGACCUGGUCCCUUUCCUGAUGAAAGCCGGGAAAGCUCUUCAUACUAAAUGGGCAGAGAUCAGAGUCCAGUUCAGCCAUGACCCGGGUAACUUGUACAAGCGGAACUUUGGAACUGAUUUGGAUAAGGCUACAAAUGAACUAGUGCUUCGUGUACAACCGGAUGAAGCCAUAUACCUGAAGAUUAACAACAAGGUUCCCGGCCUUGGAAUGAGACUGGACCGCAGUGACCUUAAUUUGCUUUACAGUGCUCGGUUUCCAAGAGAAAUACCAGAUGCAUAUGAGCGGCUCCUUUUGGAUGCAAUAGAAGGAGAACGACGAUUGUUCAUUAGAAGUGAUGAGCUCGAUGCAGCUUGGUCUCUAUUCACACCAUUGUUGAAGGAAUUGGAAGGGAAGAAGAUUGCACCAGAGCUCUAUCCUUACGGAAGUAGAGGACCCGUCGGGGCACAUUAUCUUGCUGCAAAGCACAAUGUUAGAUGGGGAGAUCUUAGUGGUGAGGACCGAUGA